GUUGGAAAUCUUGGUCAGGUUAACUAUGCUGCCUCUAAAGCUGGUGUUGAGGGACUCACUAGGUCAUGUGCCAAAGAACUUGCUAAGUAUGUAGCAGGAAAGUUGCAGAAAAGAAGAGUAUUUGUAUGUUUUGCUUUCUACACUGUACCAGCCUGUAGUACCCUAAGUUUUAAUUAUUUACUGGAUGACGAGUUGCAUUGAAUUUUGCCAAUUAAUGGUUUUUAACUUUGCAGUCUAGGUUCCCAGGGUCAUUUGGUCUUCCAAGUAUUUUCUUCUUUGGGAGUGUGGGUGUAUUCCCCUAACUAGCCAUGAAGAUUAAUCUAACUUGACCAGAAUGUGAAUUCCACAAUAAGUCAGUGGCAUAAAUUAAUAGUUUGCUGUGAAAUUCAGGGAACCAGGAACACCUGAAAUUAUUUCUGGACUGUUUUUGUGUUGCAAGGAAAGCCCAAUCAGGCAUGAGAAAACUUUAGCUCCAAGUACAAACGGUAAUUAGUGUGUGGUUUUGUGGCUUGUUUGCAUCUCCUGAUCAUAUUAGGGCCAUUUAUACGAGGAAAAAUAAGACGCAUCUUAAAAUAAGAUGCGAACUUUCCGCAUAAACGGCACAUUUCGUCUAAAAAUAACAAGACGCGACUUAGCUAAGACGCGUCUUAUUUUAGAACAGCCCUUAACACCUAUUCUUAGAUAAGACGCGUCUUAGCUAAGACAAGAAAAACUUUGUAUAAAUGACCUUCCUGUCUUACAUAAGACGCGAACGCAUAAUACGCAUGCGUUAAUUUGCUACGGGCAACAUUCACAUGAAAACGAGUCAAGAACAGAAAUAAGACGCGAACCAUUUAUACAAGCUGUUCCCGUCUUACAUAAGACAUUAAGACAUACUCGUAUAAAUGGUACAGUUUGCAUCUUAUUUUUCCUCGUAUAAAUGGCCCUAUUGUGAUUGGUUACAGUACAAUAAACAUUCCUGCAAUAUUUCAAGUGUUCACUAUUUUCUGGGUUGGACAGUAAGUGUUACUUACGUGCAUUAAAGACAAAAUAAUACUAUUUUUGUUUUUCAAUGAAGUGCUGUUAUCAACUGGUGUAAUUUUAACAAAUUGCUAACAGUUUACAUUGCUUUUGCUUUGUGUGUGUCUCAGGUUUGGUGUUAGAUGUAAUGCCGUUCUACCUGGUUUCAUUGAAACUCCGAUGACUGAUGCUGUCCCCGAAAAAGUCAUAGAAAAGGUGUGUGACCAUUGGUUCAGUUUAACAUUUUCACUCCCAAAAGUGGUCAUAUUUAAAAUUCAACAAAAUUUCCAAAUUUAAUUUGUGUAAUGUUGAAAUAUAAAGCAAAUAGUAUCACAUGAAAUUACUGCCAACGAGGUUUCUUUUGAAUGGUAACACCAUAGAAUUUCGUCCAAAGAAUCAAAAAAUAGAACUUCAUACUAAAUACAUUGUAAACAGUACCAUGUGAAAGUACUGGUGAAGAGGUUUCAUUUGAAUGGUAACACCAUAGGAUUUGGUCCAAAGAAUCAAAAGUUAGAAUUAAAAACUAAAUAAAUAGUACCAAGUGAAAGUACCGCUGAAGAGGUUUCAUUUGAAUGGUAACACCAUAGGAUUUCGUUCACAAACUCAAAAGUUAAAACUACAUACUAAAUAAAUAGUACCAUGUGAAAGUACUGCUGAAGAGGUUUCAUACCACAGUAUUUCAUCCACAGACUCAAAAGUUGAAACUACAUACUAAAUAAAUAGCACCAUGUGAAAGUACUGCUGAAGAGGUUUCAUUUGAAUGGUAACACCAUAGGAUUUCGUUCACAAACUCAAGAGUUAAAACUACAUACUAAAUAAACAGUACCAUGUGAAAAUACUGCUUAAGAGGUUUCAUUUGAAUGGUAACAUAGUAGGAUUUCAUUCACAAACUCGAAGGUGAGAAACACCUUACAAGACUUCAUUGGUCAUUCUGGUUGAAUGGGUUCAUUCCCAUGAGUUUCUAGUGACAAAAGCAGUUAACCAAAAUUUUGAUUUAACAAAAUGAUUCCUAAAUAUAUUCUAUUUCAUUUUUCCAGUUAAAGAAACAGAUUCCUAUGCUCAGACUUGGCCAACCAUCAGGUUAGAACGGUGAACCUUUGAUUUGAAGAGUUUGUGAUGUGUGAGUUUCUUUGUUUCCACAUGUUUUACUUUACAGACCGUAAAAGGCCAUUCACAAAUGAACUUAACUUGGUGCACUGGUAUAGGAUGGCUUAUCUGUCCUUAUAGUACUGAAAUGACACUUGAGCCUCUCAUCUUAUUUGACAACUUUCUGUCAACAACAGUUUUAGUUACCGCUAAAUUCAACCCACGGCACCUCUGAAAAUUUUGAUGGUACACUCAUCAGGUCUUUGCUGUCUGCGCCACAGACGAAACUAAACUCUGGUUAAGUCCGUCUUCGAAACAGCGCCAAAAUUCUUGUUCUGUGUAGGAUUUGAGUACGCGUUCUUCUUGCGUUCUACCUUUACCCUUUGUUAGUUCAGAGCGAGAUACAGAUGAUAUGUUUUCAUAAACGUUGAUGAAACAGUUCAAAAAGGACUUAACUUCGUCUUGUUUCUAUUUCUUUUGCUUUUGUUGGUGAUGAAUUUUUCCGCUGAUGAAUUUCUUAGACGUAGCUGAUGUGGUAACCUUCCUUGCAUCUGACAGAAGCAGUUAUAUCACGGGCGCAAGCAUUGAAGUUACAGGUACGGUUUAUAUGUCAAUAGAGACCUUAAUUAAGAGUCGGUUGUUUUUCGGAGUUCCCGCAAACCGUGAAAGUCAAGAAGUCACGUGACUAGUACCUUGCCGUCAGCUUUGCGGUUUGAGGUUCACGUUUGUAUGGCUAGACAACGCUGUUGAUAUAAGUGAAGUAUCACAAGGUCUUUUGUGACCUAUAACAUCACAAGCCCACGGUUUGAGAGGAGAUAGUACCUCUUUUGCUUAUUAAUCAUCGAAACGUAAUUUUGCAAGACGAUGCUUUAGCUAAAAUAGACUUCAACGAAUGAAUGAAAACUUAAGUUCCAAAUAUGGGCAGACGGCUAAAGUGAAACCGCCAACUGCAAACCGCGGUUUGCCGUUUGCGGUAAGAUGGCCAAACCUCGAUCUUGUAAGGUCUCUAAUAAGACAAACUAAAAACGGACAAAGGGCCUGCAUUUUGGCAAUAGACCAUCUCCGAUUUCCAGAAAGUUUCCCUUUCGAAACGAGGCUCAGUGGAAACCCUUUCUUGUGAAAAUGAGUUUUAUUUGCACGAGAGUGCAUAUCAAUGGCUUUGCACUUAGCCUCGCUUUGAAACUGAGGCUUUGGACAACUUGGGACGGCCCUUGUGCGUGAUUACGUCAGAUGAGCAACUUUCACCACCAAGCCCCGUUUGUAAGCAAAACUCUUCGUAUUUGCACUCUUUGGGCGUGAAUGUUCCUUUCAACUGUUCUGCCAUGGGAAUUUAUUUAUGCAAAACUUGGAAACUUUUCAACAUCAAAACGAGGCUUGGUGGUGAAAUUUGCUCGUCUGACGUAAACAUGCAUAAUGGUCAUUGGCCAUUUGUGAGGUACGUUUCCGUUUUCAUUUAAUAUUUAUUUUGCCUCCUCUUUUAAGGUGGGCUGUUUAUGUAAAGAGAAAUAGAAGCUUUAUUAUGGGACUUCUUCCAUUAAACGCCGCGCCCAGAGACAACCUUCUCGAGUUGCGCAGCAGCAACUUUGACGAAGAGGGAAACAAGGGUCUGGAGCACAUCUGA